AUCAUUUUUCAAGUGUUAUUUAGUUCAUGGCAACAAAUCUUCAUCCUUGUCUUCUCUGCUUCUUCAUCUUCUUCUCUUCCCCCUCUGCUUUUAUUUGUUCUUCAUAAUCCAAUUGCAUCAACAUCCCCCCAAGUUGCCAAUUUGAUUGAGCUUGUUUUGGUCAUUGGUAUUGUUUUUGUUUUUGUUUUUUGUUUUUUUGGAUUCGUUACGGCACCGACAGAAUUUCAAUCCUUAGUUCGGGUUGAAAGUUCUUGUCUUUUUGAGUUUCGGUGAGUUUGGUUGAUCUGAAUUCUUGGUGGGUUUGAUCUGACAUUUUUCUUUUUAAGGUUGUCGAUUGUAUUCGGUGGAACAGAGACUUUCUUAUCUGGGGGGUUCAAUCUGAAAUGGUAUAUUUGCAUAGCUCAAUCUCGGUCUGCAACUCCGUUGAUCAGAACGCUCCGAUGAUGUCCGAUUCCAUGACCUUAAUCGACAACUCGGGUGUUAAAUCUAAACAGACCACUCAUGUACAGAGGAACAGAAAGAUGCCCAAUUCUUCUUCCUCUUCUCCCAAUUGCUCCAAUUUUCCGGUCUGCGAUCGAUCCCGAUCGGCGGUGAUCGAUGUAGUGCUCUUCAUUGCCGUGAUCGGCGCGUCCGGGUUCUUGUUGUUCCCGUACGCGAAACUCAUCACUGUCAAGACUUUUGAAAUCGCGAGGAUCGUGAUGUAUGUGCUGGGAGAGGAGGUGUCUCAUGCUCCUCUGGUUUACGGCUCGAUGGGGCUCAGCAUUUUGUGUGCAGCAUUGGCUGCUUGGGCUCUGUUGGCCUGCACCAGUAGGAAAUGUGGGAAUCCCAACUGCAAAGGGCUGAGGAAAGGCGCGGAGUUUGACAUUCAGCUGGAAACAGAGGAGUGUGUGAAGAAUUCGGCUUCGGUUGGUAAGGAUGGAGUGAAGAAGGGGCUGUUUGAGUUGCCGAGGGAUCAUCACAGGGAGUUGGAGGCUGAGCUUAAGAAGAUGGCGCCCCUGAAUGGGAGAGCAGUGCUGGUGUUUCGAGCUAGGUGUGGGUGUUCUGUUGGGAGAUUGGAAGUUCCGGGGCCUAGGAAGAUCAAAAAGAUCAAGAAGUAGGAGUAUAAUGGUGGAUACGAGCCAUAGGGAGCUAAGUUAUGAACACAGGAGUAGCCAUAAUUGCAGAGAAGGGUGUCUGGCUGUUGACAAUCUAUCCUGCGCAAUGUUGUCUUUAAAUAAGCUAGCUCAUGGAAUAAGUUGUAAGGAUUUAUACCCUUGGUUUAUAGUGGGGAAUAUAAGACUAUCCCUUAUUUGAUUUCCUCUUCCUUUAUGAUUAUACAAGUUUUUUCUUUUGUUGAAUCUGGA